CGUGCAGCGGUUCUAAGAGGAAGGAAGAUGGCGGACAACAAAGGCGAGGAAGAUAUGGAACCGCCAGCUAACACGGACACAGCGCCUUCGGCGCCAGCUACCGAGCCGACGGAUACAAAAACGGAAAAUACGGUAGUGGUUAUAGAAGCGGAAACAAAAGGAGACGCAGAAACUGAACCUCCCGAUAAGGCUAACGAAGAACCCCCGCCCAGCACUGGUAGUGAAGCAGUGGACGUUAGCAACAGCGAGCCUGCUACCGCUGCUGCGGCGGGAGAAUCCAACGGGAGCCCGGCGGCCGAAACAACAGGCAGCACCAAUGCGGAGCCAGCCACACCAGCGACAGCUGAAACCCUUCCCGCCGUGGACGCUUCAGCUGGCGGAUCUACAACUGAAACGUCUCGCCCUCCUUCUGCUCCAGCGGCCGCCACACCGGUAUCCACUCCCAUUAAUCUACUGGAUACGUGCGCAGUGUGUAAACAAAGUCUGCAGAGUCGAGACUGUGAACCGAAACUUCUGCCUUGUCUGCACUCCUUUUGCCUGAAAUGUAUCCCGCAACCAGACAGGCAGAUCAGCGUGCAGGUGCCUGGACCACACGGGCAAACUGACACGCACAUAGUAAAUGUUAUGAGGUGUUCAGUUUGCUGCCAGGACUACAAACAAAGCGACAUAAUUGACAACUAUUUUGUCAAAGAUACCACAGAGGCCUCCAGCACAUUGGAUGAAACAGCUGCACAGGUUUGCACAAGUUGUGAGGACAAUGCUGGAACCAUCGGCUUUUGUGUUGAGUGUGGAGAAUGGCUGUGUAAGACUUGUGUGGAGGCCCAUCAGAGAGUCAAAAUUACCAAGGAUCACAAAAUUCGUACAAAGGAAGACGCUGAUGCCGCUUCUGAGUCUGUCAGUGCAUCAGGACAAAGACCCGUCUUCUGUCCCAUUCACAAGCAGGAGCCUCUGAAACUUUUCUGUGAAACAUGUGACACUUUGACGUGUAGGGAUUGCCAGCUUCUGGAGCACAAAGAGCACAGCUACCAGUUUCUGGAAGAAGCCUUCCAGAAUCAUAAAGAAAUCAUUGAGACCAAUAUGGCCAAGCUGCAGGAAAAAAAGAAAUAUGUCUAUUACUCUGUUUCUCAAGUGCAAAACAGGUUAAAAGAGUUGAAUGAGACGCACAGAAAAGUGGAGCACGAAAUCAAAAUUGCAGUAUUUACUCUUAUAAAUGAGAUCAACAAAAAAGGCAAGGCCUUGCUUCAGCAGCUCGAGAGCGUGAGCAAAGAGCGCAGCAUAAGGCUUGUGUCUCAGCAUAAAGACACCACCCAACUGGCCCAGCAGAUCAACCAUGUGCUCAACUUUUGCCACUGGGCCAUCACCUCUGGCAGCAGCACUGCGUUGCUCUACAGCAAGAGACCAAUCAUGUACCAACUUCGGCAGCUCUUCAAGGCCAGACUGGAGCCAGCGCCACAGUCCAAUGGAAUUGUGCGCUUCUUUUGUGAUCCAACCUUCUGGGCCAAAAAUGUGGUUAAUCUUGGUAAUUUGGUGGUUGAAAAACCUCCUCCAGCUGCACACCCUCCCAAUGUGAUGAUAGGAGGACCAAACAUUUCACCAGGCCAGGGCCACCCAGGCAAACACCCAGGCCAGAUCAACUUGGCUCAGCUUCGAUUGCAGCACAUGCAACAAGCUGCAUAUGUCAAGCAACAACAGCAUCAGCAGCAACAUCAGCAGCAGCAGCAGCAAAUCCAGCAGCAAAUGCGCAUUGCCUCUCAAAUGUCCCAGCAGCAUUCCAGGCAGGCAGGCCCACCCAUAGUUCAGCAGCAGCCUCCAAGACUGAUCAGUAUGCAGCAGCUGCAGCGAGUCCCUGGGGGUAUGAACGGUGGGCCCAGUCCCUCGAUGUACCCCUCAUCCCAUCACAUGCGUCUGCCGGGUCCACCUCAAGGCCGAAUGCCCACAGCUCAGCCCAGACACAAUGGACAGCAAUUCUCACCCCUCAUGCAGCCUCAGUUACAGAGACAGAUGUCUAUAGAAUCUGAGAUGAGCCACCCAAGGUUUCGUUUCUUACUGCAGUCAGGGCAUUCCAAUCCAGGACAUGCAGGCCCUUUCCCGGUGGCGUCCCUGCAUAACGCCAGUCCCACGAGUCCAACCAGUGCCAGCAUGGCUGGUGCCCAUGCUCACCGAGGGCCAGCCAGCCCCAUAAUUGGUCCCAUUGAGCUGAUUCCCUCUGUCACUAAUCCUGAGAACCUGCCCUGCUUACCUGAGAUACCUCCUAUUCAGUUGGAAGAUGCAGGUUCCAGCAACCUGGGGCACCUUCUUUCUCGUUACAUCUCAGCCAGCACCCAUCAGUUUGGCUUAAUGGACAUGAACUCCUCACCUGGACUUUCAACGCUUUCUCCUGGAUCUUCAGGUGUGUCUAAUGCCCACACACCAGCUCGACCCUCUAGCACAUCCAGCACAGGCAGCAGAGGCAGCUCUAGCUCUGCAGGUAAAGGUGGUACAGGAAGUGGAGCCACUGGAGAGCAGGUAAAGGUGAAGAAGGAACCUGGUACAGAAGAGAGCUACAGCUGCACGACGACUUCUCUGAAAACAGAACGAGGCAAAGAUGCUGGAAGGAGUGCUUGUAUGAUGAGCAGUCCAGAGGGCAUCCCAAUGGGACUCGUACCUACAGGCCAAGAUGCUCAUAAGGGUCCUGGAGAACGCAUCAAAACAGAACCCGAGUCUGAUACACCCUGUUCUAGACUAAAUGGUACCAGUGCCACCACAUCAUCAUCUUCCACUAACACUGCCACCUCCUUUACCUCGGUGUCCACCAAGAACGUCGACGAUUUAAACUCUCUGCUCACUAACGGGAACUUAGAGAAGAGCGGUGAAGCAACGGGGGGUAGAAAAGAGGAUGAUCCUAAUGAAGACUGGUGCGCUGUUUGCAUCAACGGUGGCAACCUGCUGUGCUGCGACCGCUGUCCUAAAGUGUUCCACAUGAAAUGCCAUGUACCCACCAUCAAAAUCUUCCCUCAGGGUGACUUUCUCUGCACAUUUUGCCGAAGUAUAACGAGUCCUGAAAUAGAGUACUGUGACGAAAGCAAGCGAACGAAGGAUGAUCAGAACCUGAGUGCUGAAGACCAAAGGAAAUGUGAGCGCCUCCUGUUGUACAUCUUCUGUCACGAGCUUAGCAUGGGCUUUAGGGAACCUGUUCCCAUCUCUGUGCCCAACUACUACAAGAUCAUUAAGCAGCCCAUGGACCUGAAGAGGGUGAAGAAGAAGCUGCAGUUGCGGAGCUCCCAGUACUACAAGUCCCUACAAGAGUUUGUGAAUGAUAUGCGCCUUAUCUUCAAAAACUGUGCAAAGUACAACGAGAUGUCUCGAAUAAUCCAAGUUUAUGAUGAGGAGAAAGAGAUUAAUACGCAGGUGGGGUCGGAGAUGGCGAUAUCGGGCAAGGCGGUGAGCCUGUACUUUGAGGAGAAGCUGGAGGAGAUAUUCCCCGGCCAAAGCUUCCCCGAAACUCCAGAACCAGAUCCCCUGGACGACAAGGAAGAAGAGAAGGAGGACACGGACGACUCCGAGGAGGACUUCAUACAGCCCAGACGCAAACGGUUGAAAGUGGACGAGAAAGUUGUCCACAUCAAGUAAAAACCGACGUCAAGAAGCAAGAAAAGUGGAAAAACUGUCUUCCUCCUCAACCACACCUAUUUCUUUUUUUUAAUUAUUAUUAUUUUUACUUUGGAAGGGACAAACGAUGAGAACGUUUUCUAAACUAACUGGAUCAUCUCGUCGUCGCCUUUUGAAAGAAUAAUAGUUGAUUUUUGGGAGCCCUUCAGAGUGGAAGAACUCUGUAUGUCAUGGACAUUGUACAGAUUUCAAAGUAGAACUUGUUUUGUUGUAGUUAGCAAUUGGAUAUUUCUUUAACAUCAUUCAUUUGCAUUUGUAGAUUUGUUGUGACGAUCGCUUUAUAAAAAUUGAAAUCUCCUGUUGCGUUGGAUGUAUAAUAUCUAUACUUUGACACGGAGACUGCAAAGUGUUUGUACGACUGUGGAGAUGUUCUGUAAAUAAGAGCGUUUAACCCUCUCAAAGUAUUGCUGCCGUAUAGAUGUUCCGAUGCGUCAAUAAAACAUGUUGAAAUAUA